AUGUUGAUCGGUAGCAAUCGUAAACUCACGGGGAAUGCAUCUCUACAGAUAUCUAUUCAUGACCAGAAUAUUGGUUCUCUGAAAAGUUUUAAGUAUCUGGGGAUUUCUUCCAACUUCACAUGGACAGAACAUGUGGAACAUAGACCAAUUGCGAAACUUAUUAACCAACGGCUUAGUCUUCUCCGACGGAUAAAGGUAUUUCUACCCUUCAAGUCACGUGUACUUUUUUAUAAUAGUCUCAUUCUCCCUAUUUUUGAUUAUGCGGACAUAGUCUGGGGAGACAAAAAUAACAAUACGCUCAUGGUAACUCUACAAGUACUACAAAGUAAAGCUGCCAAGAUCAUUCUUGACAAGCCAUUUCACUCGUCUUCAACUGAAGCGCUUGCUCUGCUGAAGUGGAUACCAUUAGACAAAAGAAGAUUUGAAAGAAGAUGUAUUUACAUGUAUAAGUGUUUGAAUGGUCUUGUUAAUCACCAUAUGACAUCAGAAACACAACAAGAUUGCCAUGGAUAUAACACAAGGAAUAAAGACGAAUUAAGAGGCUGUCUCCCUAAGAUCCUCCUACCGACUUACGCGUUGAAAAAUAUUUUCCCUUCAUAA